AUGCAAGAGGCUCGACCAGGUACGGUCAAAAAUGUCAAGUGUCCAAUUCCUGAAAAAGAGAAGGAAAUUAAAUUGUUUAUACAAAGAAGAGAUUCUGAGCCACUCGAGACGGAGGAGGAGGAACGACUGCGGUUUCCACCACGGAAGACAUUGGAGAGAGAGCGAGUGAGGGACGGCAUCUUUGACAUUGAAGAGAUGCAGGCUCGUCAAUUCAUAUAG